AUGACUUUGCGAGGAGCAGCACAGAACUUGUUCCAUACCCUGUCAUCCGGGUCGAUCAACAGCUUCAAGGAGCUUACUUACGUCUUCACUAAAGAAUACACUUCUUAUCGGACGAUCAAGAAGAACCCUGACCACCUGUACAACCUGCGCAAGAAGCCUGACGAAUCCCUUCGAGAUUGCAUCAAGAGAUUCAAAGCAGAAAAGGCCAACAUCGUAGGAUGCGAUGACCUAAUCGCAUCAUCUGCAUUCAAGAAAGGUCUUCCAGCAAAACAUGACUUAUACCGCGAGCUGACUAUCAUUCCCAGUAAGACUCUGGCAGAGGAAGAUCGGCCAACCAAGCGGGCAGACCAAAGAAGCGAUAAGCUUGGCAGCAGGGACAAAGACAAACGCAGGCCGAGCCCACAAUGGGAUGCUACGACAAAAGAGAACUACACCAACUUCUCCAUCCCUAUACAUCAAAUUUUAGCCCAAGUGAAGGACAAACCUUGGGCAAAAAGACCGCCACUCUUGAAAGGAGAUCCAGACAAGAGGGAUACCAGGAAGUAUUGUGCCUUCCAUGCGACGCACGGACACAAUACAAAUAAUUGCUUUGCUUGGAAAGCACACCUUGAAGAACUCGUGAGAGCUGGUCACUACACGGAGUUCAUUGCGAAGCAGGCCAUCCAGAAGAUAGAGGACCGCGAUACCGCCAAGGAACCACCCCAGAAGGUCAUAAGGAUUAACACAAUCCUAGCCGACUCCGAGGAGUCCAGACUGACCAACAAAGAAAAGAAGAGAAAGAUCAAACAGGCCACCAUGAUCUCCCAGGUCUCCACUAGUCUCCCACUGGCAGAAGAUGAUGCUGUGAUCGGCUUCUAG